AUGGACGACGACAAACCCAACGAUCAGCUCGUUCGCGAAGUGGCCCAGUCCAUCCUCGAUAUGGACGCUGCCAACCCCGACUGGUUCCUCGAGGAAGCCAUGAAGAUCCGCAAGCUCAGCCUCGAGCUGGAGCUCGCUCGUCACCAGCAAGAGAAGUGGAAGGGCACUCGUGAGGAGCGCAAGAGCAAGUUCGACUCAGGCCGCUCGCAUAUCAAGACUAUCAACAAGGGCUCUGCUCCCCUGAAGUCCAUCCUCAAGAAGCGCGUCGAGGAUACCACCGUCGAGACCCCUACUGGCGACGCUGCUCCUGCCGCUGAGCCAGUCCUCGAGUCAAGCACCGUGGAGUCAUCCACCAUCUCAGCUGGCGAUAAGCUUGUCCACCUAGCCGGCGAGGUCGGAGAUCUGUCCAAAGAGGUCACCGAGCUGUGGACCUUCUUCCCUGUGGCCCUAGACUCAAUGACCAAGCGCAUGGAGAUCCUGAGGAAGGACAACAAUGACUUGAUCGAGGCUCUCGAGGAGCAGAAGCAGAAGAAUGAGAGCUUGGAGAAGAGAUUGGCCGAGAUGGAGGCCUGGGUCGCCGCUCAGAAGAAGGUUUGA